AUGGGGAAGGACGUUGAGGUUGCUAAAAACGGCCAUUUCUCCACCAAGGACUACCACAACCCACCUCCGGUGCCUUUGAUCGAUGCCGUGGAAUUGACCAAGUGGUCCUUCUACAGGGCUCUCAUCGCUGAAUUCAUUGCAACUCUUUUGUUUCUCUACAUUACUGUGUUGACGGUCAUCGGUUACAAAAGCCAGACUGUCCAGGCUCACAACGGUGGUGAUUGUGACGGAGUUGGCAUCCUUGGCAUCGCUUGGACUUUUGGAGAAGCAAAGAAGAAGGGUCAGGCUUGGACAUUCGGUGGCAUCGCUGGCGGAUCAGUUGUAGAUGAAGUCAUUUGUCGCCGGAGGAAUAUCACUGUCAUCAACAGUAAGGUUUAG